AUGACGGAGAAUAAUCGUUUAAAUAUUUCACCAAAAGAAGAAGCUUUAUUAAUCUUAGAAUAUCUUGAAAAUGAACAAAUGUCAAAAACAUUUUUGAAUUUUCUCGAUGAAAAUAAACAUCUUGCUCAUCUUCAUUCGCGUCUCUAUGCGAACUAUGAAAAUCCUGAACUGUUUCAAAAUGAAAAUGAUUUAGAAGUUCUUGAUUUUCAAAACUUUUUUAAUUUAUCUAAACAAAAUGAACGUCUUAAUCAAACAUUUUUAUCUUCAGAACUCGACAGCAAUAAUCCACAUGAUUUACUAUUUGAUGAUGAUUUUUUAACUGUAGGUCUCAAUGAUUUAAUGAGUCAAACACCACCCAUGGAUUAUCAACAUGAUUUACCUGAUACACCAGUACCAUCUGUACCACCAAUGACUGCCGAUGAUAAUGAAGAUUUCAAUUCAGCACUUGAACAAUUAUUUUCCAUGCAUCAUGAGCCAUUAUCAACGCCGCCUCAUCAAAUUGUUCAAGUUAUAUCUGAUACGAAUCCUAAACCAUCAUUUACAAAAUGUAUUGUCGUCACGCAAGAUUUUCUUCAAUCGAUGUAUACGCAACAGCAACCAACGAUAGCAAGUAGCGCAGUCAAACGAAAAAAAUCUCGCCAACGACGAUUAAAAAAAGACAAAGAAAAUUAUCAUCAACAAAGGAAAAUAAUGCCGAGAACACCACCCGAUUAUCAAUAG